AUGAAACUACACAGUGCUUACAAAUUUAAUAGUCUCACCAUUUACUACUCCACAAUACUAUCAACGAACACAGCAGUUAUUCUACAAAAACAAAACAUCACACAUCCAUUCAUCGAUCACAUAUUUAAGCAAGUUAAUGAGGCUGAACAACAAGGACUGUUAGGUGUUGGUGAUGUUGAAAAUGAGCCCGAGAUGAUGAUUAUUGCUCCUGUACGAUUUAAUCGAUUGAGACGUUAUUUUCGACAUCGGAAACGUAUGUUGCGUGCUCAAUACAGAAUGAUGCGAUUACAGAGACGUCUUUAUCGUCGACAUUAUCGUCAUGGGUAUGGAUAUGGUGUUUACCCUUAUUGAAAAUACUAGUUAAAUGUGAUUUCCCAUUCUGACAAUUGCGUCUUUAUAUUUUCGAAAAUUUCACAUGGUAAAUAAGUUAGCAGCUUUAUUUGCCUAGAAUUUCUUUAUUAUGUGAACAAAUAAACCACCAGGCAUCAAACUGGAAGUAAUUUUAAUCUUUAUUGUUUAAUAAACUUUUAAUGACCACUGUGAAAUUUCUUACUGCUGUUUUAAUUUUCCUAUUCUCAUUAUUAUGGAGACAUUAUGUUUGUUAAAGAGAUUAUUGUGAG